UUUCUCAUCGAAAACUGUCCCUGGAGAAUUCAGAAAGUUGGCUUUUGAAAAGUACGAAGAAUUUCGUAAGCUCUUGAAAGAUUUCAGGAAUCAAAAAUUUGAUGAUACCCAAAUAUCAUCAACCGCGAAGAAGCUGUUUGAUGGGUAUGAUGAUUUAGUCACUGGGUUCAACUCUUUCUUAUCAGCAAAGAAGAAGCAUGUCGCCACUUCGUUGGAGGCAUACAAUAGCACGGUGGACGAUCAAACUCUGACUUCAUCGUGGACAACACAGAUCGAGUUGGUAAAAAAG